GUGUACGUCGUUUGCGUUUAAUCGUUUCGUGCUACGGAAGGAUCGAUCGACCAAUACGAAUAUCGAGGCCGUGUCGUUAAAUACACAAACGUUUUCAAAUCAGUUUAUUCUCAUUAUUGUGAUUUGUGGAAGGAUAUCUGUGGUUCUGUGCAGUGAUUGGCUCGUUAAGUGCAAAACCAAAUGGUUGUCCUCGAGGAAGGCGGUAUGCUGACUAAUGGACAUAAUCAGUAUCUACAACCGGAUUACCUAUCUCCGCUUCCAACCACGUUGGAUGCGAAGAAAAGUCCCUUAGCUUUAUUGGCACAAACAUGCAGUCAAAUCGGAGCUGAUUCUCCAACGAAGCCUUUAAUUUCUCCGCUGGAUAAAACUCCAAAGGGCAUGAAUGCCGGCACGAACGCAAAAUCACCUCCGGCUGCGAAAUUGGAACGGAAUACCCGCAGCAGCCCGUCGGAUGGGAAGUCGUUGGCUUUCAAACCGUACGAAACCAAUGUUGUGUCAAAGAAAUCAACCGACGAAGGUAGACCAACGUCGAAAGCCAGUGUUCACAGUGUUAGUGGUCAGGAUAGUGUAAGUGCAUGUGAUAAUACGCACACGGAGAAAAAAUCAUCUGGUAAUCGUACGCCCGUCGGCCGAAAGUCCGCAUCGCCAGCGAGUCAAGCGACAGCAACAACAACGAGCACUCCGUCGGCCGAUCGGAAAACACCAGCAGAACGGGAGAAGACCGACGGAUCGCCACGCAACAAUAACGGAACAAGCCCAAUCAUUCGAUCUGGAAUGGAAAUUCUUUCUGGUACUCACGCCAAGGAUUCGAAUUUGGGCGCUUACAAACCUGGUCUUCCCGGAUUUUCUAGCAAUCCACUUUGUUGCCCGCCUGGUCUGGCAGAAAACCCAGCAUUCAGACCACCGUUUGCCGGAGCAUCUCCGUUUUCUCACCACCAUGCUGCCGCGGCAGCUCUCUUGGGUUAUCCAUCGGCCUCGCCGACGGGUGGAAAUCCGUACUUGAGUUACGCCCGUGUCAAGACACCAGCCGGCGGGGAAGCACUUGUGCCAGUUUGCAAAGACCCAUACUGUACUGGUUGCCAAUACAGUAUGCACAGUGCACAGUUAAUGAUGGGUACUGGGACCUGUCCUAGUGGAUGCACGCAAUGUGAUCAUCAAAAGUACGGUUUAGCAAUGGCGUUAUCAUCAUUGGGACCUAUGGCACCUCCGUCACUUUCAUACCAAUCCGCGUUAACUGGCGGCAGACCUUACGUUUGUAACUGGAUCGCUGGCGAUUCGUAUUGCGGAAAGAGAUUUACCACAUCGGAAGAACUUCUGCAACAUCUUCGCAGUCACACCAGCCUUACCGGCGGCGAUCAUGCAUCAUCGGCCGCUCUUCUCAGCAAUCCGCAUCCGCAUCCUUUGCUCUCGCCGUCGGCAGCUCUUCAUCGUGCAAGCGGCGGUUCUUAUCCGUCGCCUUCUUUGAGUCCUUUGAGUGCUAGAUAUCAUCCGUACGGAAAGCCGCCGACGGGACCUCUUCCAGCGUCACUUGCCGCGUCGCCUUACAGCGCUUUUAACGCGUUGGGACCUUAUUAUUCUCCGUACGCGAUUUACGGUCAACGAAUCGGUGCUGCUGUACAUCCAUAAACCGGAUAUUCGGUGUUGAAACGAACAGUGUACAGUCCAUAAUAGUGUAAAAUAGAAAGACGUCAAACUAAGACUUUGACAGACUGUUGUGUAAAUAAUGAAACGUGUAUAAUAUAACUUUAUUUAAAGAAAUAUAUAUACAUAUGUGUGUAUAAAUUCAGAAUUAUGAUUAAAGUUUAUAAAGAUAUAUUGACAGUUUGUUUCAUCGCGAGAUCAUUCUUUACAGAAAUCCUAUAUUAACGUAUCUCACAACAUUUGAUUAUUAGGGAAGAACAUGUACACCGCAGCAAAAAAAAAAAAACGUUGCUAGUUUCGAUGCUGAAAUAUUUUUCACACGGCACAGUAAUGUGUAAACUAUUUUCACGGCCGUGAAAAAGUUGAGUCACUUGUGGAUAGAUAAUACAUAACGAUCUGUAUUGGAAAUUUCCUGUGCUCUUUGGUUUUCACGUUACGCGAUGUGUACUUUUCAAUUGUAUUUUAAGUGAUUCAUUCACUGUUCCAAAAAACAAUAUGACUGCAUUCUCGACAAAAUUAUAGGCGCGUGUGUGACACUGCGUGCACCUAUAUCGAUGCGUUUGAUAGCGCGCACCGACGGUCGUGCAUGUUCUAUGUCCAUGAUGUAACUGUGAUAUUACGCUAUUUUUUCGAAGAAAUAAUGAGAUAAUAUUAACAAUGGUAUCUAAACAAUUUCUACGGUAAACUGUAAUGUUUAACUUAUUCGCAUCAUUUGUAUAAAAGAAGGCUGUCCGAACUGAAACCAAAAUGUGGAGAUUAUUUCCCAGACUUCAAAAAACAAUUAUUGUAAAGAAAAUGUUUAACAGUUUUUAAUUCAUUCAGCAACGCGUCAGAUUGCAUUGUCUACCAUGUGAAGUAUUCUGAUCGAAGAAACCGUUAAUGUACGAUACAUAUUAUUUGCACUGUAAAUAUCUCUUGUAAAUAUCGUUGAGUUUCCAUACCGCUUUAAUAAAAACAAUG